CUUGUGGGAAUUGUAGUCUGAUUUGCUUGAGCCCUUCGUUGUGACGUGCCAGGCGAAACUACAAGUCCCAGAUUGUUUAAGGCGGAAGUAGCGAGACAAAACACGGCUAGGCUACAGCACAACACGGCAGAGAAGAUGACGCGUGUUGUUAAAAAGAGAAAACUGGACGAAAUCCGACAGGAUAGGCUUUAUUUUGACAGCUAUUCCGAUGUGACUAUCCACGAGGAAAUGAUAGCGGACCACGUCCGAACCAACACGUACCGGACGGCGAUACUGAAGAACAGUGAGUCAAUUCGGGGGAAAGUUGUUCUGGACGUCGGGGCAGGAACCGGCGUUUUGAGCAUCUUCUGUGCUCAGGCUGGAGCUAAAAAGGUGUACGCCGUGGAGGCCUGCUCAAUAGCGGAGCAAGCCCAGAUAACAGUCAAACACAACAACAUGGAGGACAGAAUUGAAGUCAUUCGAGGAACAGUGGAGACAGUGGACCUGCCGGAGACCGUGGACGUGAUAGUGAGCGAGUGGAUGGGUUAUGCCCUCCUGCACGAGUCCAUGCUCAACUCGGUCCUCUAUGCACGCGACAAGUGGCUGAAGCCGGGCGGCAUCAUUCUGCCGAGCAAAGCCGAACUCUACAUCACACCUGUUAUUGACCCGGUAGUGGAGGACCGCCUGCACUUCUGGUACACAGUCAAGGACCAGUACGGAGUGGACAUGUCCUGCAUGUCCGGCUUCGCCCGGAAAUGUAUCAUGAACUCAGACAUCACUGUUAGCUCUGUGACCUGCGAGGAUGUUCUCUCCCACCCGGCCCGCUUCGCCGAGCUUGACCUGCACUCGGUCACCCCGGAGGAGCUGCGGUCCGUGAAGGGCCAGUUCAGGUGCGAGUCGUUCGGCUCGUCGGCAGUGAACGCAUUCUGCGUUUACUUCACGGUGACUUUCCCUUGCCCGGAUAGCACGGCUCCCCUCGUUCUCUCCACGUCUCCGUGCAAACCAGAGACACACUGGAAGCAAGCGGUGCUGUACCUGGACGCUCCGGUGGAAGUGGUGCAGGACACACCGAUUACUGGAGAAGUCAGGAUGUACCCCUCAGAGGAAAACGCCAGGCAUAUAUGUAUCCACGUGGACUACUCUAUAGGAGAGCAGAAACGACACUCCAAGACUUUUUCCAUCCCUGAUUGGAGCUCUGAGGCUCAGCCAUAGCGUGCCAUCAACACCAAAAUGCACUUCAUUCAUCAUGUGUCACACCCGAAUGCCCGAGUCCUCUUAUUAUGUCAUGGUUAUCCAUGGAUCUUAAAAUUCCUGUGAAAAUGAGACAGUGGUUUCACUUUAUAAUAUAUUGGGAAAAAUAUAAGAUCACAGUAGGCUUCCCCAGCAAAUGAAUGGACAGCUGCAGAUUAAGACACAGAAUAAAGAUUGGCCAAAGAAUUGAACCUUUUUGUGCAUGCGCAUGUCUAAAAAGUAAAAACACAUUUUCUUUAUUUAGUGUUUGGUUUUAAUUUUGUGUGUGUGUUUAGUUCUUUUACAAUUAAUUAAUUGAUUGAAUCAUCCAUUAAAUAGCCCCUGAACUACAAAAGGAAAA